AUGGAGCAUUUUUUUCAUGGAUGCAGCUACUACUUGCCUUCCACUGGAGAGCAAGUGGCUGGGAUCGAUUUGAGUCAAUUCGAUGAUCUCAACAUUUCUGACUCAGAGACUACUGAGACUGAAGAGUUCAAUUGCCAUGUUGACUUCGAAGUUGAUCAUGCUGGAUGGAAGCUCCAGUUCAAGAAUGCUAUCCCACAGGAAGGAGGCGAUGGGAACUAUUAUCUUUGGCUCUCCAACAAAGAUGGAGGCGUUCCCUUCAAGGCGGUGGUGGAGCAGCUCGACUGCAACGUCGGAAAAGUGCACCAUCGACACGAACUUGUCAGCGAGAAGGAUGAAAAGGGCGAACUCGUCAAGCACGAAGAUGGACCCUUGGGCGCCUUCAUCCGAUACAACAUCACUCUUCUCGAGCCCUCUGAGCUCGAAGAAAUGAGAAAGGAGUUCAAAUCGGUGGGCACGAUUGGAGAAGCCGGGCAGCAGCUGCGAAAGAACUUGGUUGGAUACGGAGCCGCUCGGCACCAGAACUUCACCAAUGUGCUCAAGCAGCUCGGCCUUGGCAAGCGCAACUUCGAUCUCGAGUUCCGGGUGGGCGUUCUCGACGAUGGAGAAAACUGCGAGAUCACCGAGGGCGAUUGGAAGCUUCGCUUCUCGCUUGGUGGACUUUUGCCGCCGAUUGUGAGGGCGCACAAUGUCCGAAUUUCCCACGAGCAGACCUUCUGGCUCUCUUUUGGGCUCUCUAAGAAAGGCGAAGGAGUUCCGUUCAAAGCGGUGGCUGAUGGCGUCUUUUUCUUCAGCAAGAAGGAGGGAAACUCGCAUUGCGUGAAGAUACGAACGGUGCCCUUUGGAUCGCUCCGAGUCAUUGUUGAAUUACUGUAA